AUGGUCAAGAAGCGCGCGUCCAAUGGACGUAACAAGAAAGGCCGCGGCCACGUGAAGCCCAUCCGCUGCUCCAACUGCUCGCGCUGCACGCCCAAGGACAAGGCCAUCAAGCGCUUCACCAUCCGCAACAUGGUCGAGAGCGCCGCCAUCCGCGACAUCUCCGACGCCUCCGUCUUCGCCGAGUACUCUGUCCCUAAGAUGUACCUGAAGCUGCAGUACUGCGUGAGCUGUGCCAUUCACGGGAAGAUUGUGCGUGUCCGUUCCCGCGAAGGUCGCCGCAACCGCGCGCCACCGCCGAGAGUUCGGUACAACAAGGACGGGAAGAAGGUGAACCCGCAGCAGGCGGCUGCUCAGGCUGCGCAGGCUACCAGCGCUGCGGCGAGGCAAUAA